AUGCGAAUGGACGCUCAGAUUGGCGACGUUGGAGCUCAAGCGAUUGCUGAGGCUGAACAUCAGCAAUUGCGCUCCGAACUCGUUAUCAAAGACCAGGAGCUCGCAACCAACAAGCAGGAGCUUGCUACUAGAGAUCAGGCGCUCGCUGCCAGAGAUCAGGAACUACAACAACUUCGCUUCGAUCUCGCUGCCAAGGACCAGAAGCUCGCAACAACAGAGCAGGAGCUCAUUGCGAAAAGCUGUUGGUUUGCUGUCAAAGACCAGGAGCUCACUGCCAAAGACCAGGCCCUCGCAACCAACAAGCAAGAGCUCGCUACCAAAGACCAGGAGUUGCAACAACUUCGCUCAAGUCUCGCUGCCAAGGAUCAGGCGCUCGCUGCCAAAGAUCAGGAACUACAACAACUUCGCAUUGAUCUCGCUGCCAAGGACCAGAAGCUCGCAACAACAGAGCAGGAGCUCAUUGCGAAAAACCAACAGCUUGCUGUCAAAGCCCAGGAGCUCACUGCCAAAGACCAGGCCCUCGCAACCAACAAGCAGGAGCUCGCUACCAAAGACCAGGAGCUGCAACAACUUUGCUCUAAUCUGCAGUCAGCCCUUGAUCGGAUCGGCGUACUUGAGCGCAACCAACCAGCUGAUGGAUCUUUUUCGAACUUUGACGGACCCAUCCCACAAGUGUCUCUCGCCACUCUUGUCGCCGCCACGAACAACUUUGCUGCUGAUUCUCUGCUCGGCGAAGGAGCAUUUGGUCGUGUGUACGGCGCAAGUCUGCCUGGCCCUCGUGUUGCCAUCAAAAAGCUAUCCGCCGAAUCCAAGCAAGGCACGGUCGAAUUCAAGUCAGAGCUGGACUCUUUGUCGAAAUUCCGUCACGCAAACAUCAUUGCCAUUAUGUCGUAUGCAGAAGAAGGCGACGAGCGCUGCCUGGUCUACGAGUUCAUGCCAAACGGCUCUGUGCGCGAUCGUCUCAGCAGAAAAAACAACACUCCUCCGCUGACCUGGUCUCAGCGCCAUCGCAUCGCUGCUGAUGUUGCCCGCGGCAUGCACUACGUCCAAACAGCCUUCCCUGACCAUGUUCUGUUCCACCUCGACCUCAAGACGGACAACGUUCUGUUGGACGCACACUUCAAUGCAAAAGUGUCUGAUUUUGGUCUCGUCCGUGCUGCACAACACCUCGACGAGAGGAGCUACCUUCGCACUCAGAACGUGCAAGGCACUGCUGCAUACAUGUGUCCUGAUUUCUUCGAUGAAGGCCGCAUGACCAUCAAGACGGACGUUUACGCCUUUGGCAUGAUUCUGUUGGAAUUGCUGACCGCGGUCAAACCGAGCAACCGUCUGAAAGGAGAGACACGGAAAGCUCUGAAAAACCAGAAAUUCAUGGAGAUGUUGGACUCGGCACUCAAACCAAGUGACGCAGAGCGCCAGAGCAUCACGGAGAUGGUCACCCUUGCCCUCGAGUGUCUUGACGACAUUGCUGACGAUCGCCCAUCGUUUGGUAGCAUCCUUGUUUCGUUGGAUCCUUGA